ACAACGCCCCGUGUUUUUAGAGAUGAGGUCCCGCUCUGGCUCAGGUUGGUUUCAAACCUGUGAGCUCAGGCAAUUCACCCCCCUUGGCCUCCCAGGGUGCUGGAUUACAGUGCCACUCAGUCCUCGUCCCACUUCAGUGAGGCUUUCUCAGCCCCUGGUUCAGCCGGCUUUGCUGCUCCGCUGCGCAGGCAGAGCUGCCUCUGCCGCUGACCUUGGCCUUCCUCGCGGCGCGGACACUCCUCCCUGCCCUCCUGGAGCCCUCUGCGAAAGAAUGAACCACAAACGAAGUCUGAAGGGGUCCGGAGCCCACCCUGGAACCGGGGAGGCCUGCGCCUGCCCCGACCCUCGGCGCCUCCACCCACUCCGGGAGCGUCGCCUCGCCCGGGCUGAAUCCCCGCCUGCUGCGGGCAAGGGGAGGCAGCUGCCCACUUCCCCAGGCCUCUGCCAUUCACCAGGGAAAACACUCAGCUCCUCAGCUCUGCACCCUGGGCCGAUGUCAGCUGAGGGCCUGUUUCUGCAAACGAAAAAACGCACAUGGCCCCAAGCCCUGCUACCACGCUCUGCCCGAUUCAGCGUUGCCGGGGAAUGCUGUGUCCCUUUGUGUGCGGGGUGGGCGGCGGUUGGUCACCCGGAAGCCCCUUCCGCCCCAGGGCUACGACCAUCGGGCCGCCGGGGAGUGCAAGGAAGUCACGGUUCCUACGCCGUGGAGGAGACUCUUCCAGAUUCCCCCAGGAGCAGCGUGAAACUCUCGCCAAGGGCUGGGGCCUUGGGAGCUGAAGCACAGCCGGAGGGCACCUGUGAGCCUUGCGGGCGCCUCUGCCGGGAACCCUGCUACAGCGGCCCCGCUUGCUCAGAAUUUACCAGAUCGCCGGGCUCCGCUGGACUUCAGCGGGAGGUGACCGGUAGUACACCCAGUCUGAGCCCAGGGACUCGGCCAGGCGUUCUCAAGGGAAGUUAGAUCACUGCGCUGGGCCCCAAGUUCAAGCGCACAACCAGGGGGCCCACAGGGUUCCACCUCCGUGUCCGUAGGUGAGGCCAGGCCAGGGUCAUGGAUUCAACCAUAAAACGGGGAACCAGCCACUAGGCCAUCCUAGGGUGGGAGUCCCCAGCAGACGAGGAGGGAGACGAGGAGGGAGGAGACAGCCGAAAUCAGGAACAAAAUUAUGGAAGUCUCCGAGUCCCGACUGCCCUGGGGCCCCCGGAGACCUCGGCCCUCUGUGCGCCUACGUUGGUCGUGUCUCAGCGCUGGGUGCCCCUUGCGGUAUGCCCAGAUCGAGAGUCCC